GCAUUUCAGUGGGAAAGCAUCCAACAAGUAGUAACCUCCCCGCAGGAGACACAGCAAAAGAGAGCGAGGAAACUAUUGGGAAAUGGUAUUCCACAUGCCCAGAUGAACUUGACAGGUGCAAAGAGAGAAGGAGAAGAAGAGGAGCACAGAAGAAUGGCAGGUCUCUGGGGAGUUUUGCUUAUUCUGCUGAUGGUUUUUCUGAUUCUGCACUACCUGAAACAGCUCCGUUUACACAGAAGCUACCCUCCAGGACCCUUCCCACUUCCGAUCAUUGGAGGACUGUGGCAGACAGGCAUCAGGCUUUCUCCAGACCUUCUCAUCAAGCUGGCUAAGCAAUAUGGAAAUAUUUACACCAUAUGGGUGGGCACUUCUCCUGUGGUGGUCUUGUCUGGAUUCCAAACAGUGAAGGAAGGGCUGGUCACGCAUUCGGAUGGUUUUUCUGGGCGGCCGGUGACCCCUCUACUCAAAGAAACGUUUAAAGCAAAGGGUAUUGUACUUUCCAACGGACACACCUGGAAGCAGCAGAGGCGGUUUGGUGCUGUUACUAUGAGGAAUCUGGGACUAGGGAAGAAAGGCAUGGAGCAUCAAAUAGAAGAGGAAGCCCAGCAGCUGGUGGAGAUUUUUGCACGUGCAAAGGGGCAGCCGCUUGAUCCUUUACUUCCCGUCACUAAUGCUGUCUCCAGUUUGAUAUGCGUUUUAUCUUUUGGAUAUCGAUUUUCACUUGAAGAUGAAGAGUUUCAGGAAAUGAUGGAAGCCGCUGAUUUCCUCUUAAAAUUUGGAGGAAGCUUUUUUCAUGGUCUUGCUGAAAUGUUUCCAUGGUUGAUGAAAAAGCUCCCGGGGCCUCACCAUAAGGCACAGAACUCUGCAAAGCUGGUGCUUUCGUUUACAAAGAAAGAGCUCAAGAAGCAUAAGGAGCAACAGUCCCUCCAUGAGCCGCGGGAUUUCAUUGAUUUCUAUCUACUCCAAAUAGAAAAGAGCAAGGAUGACCCCAACUCCACCUAUAACGAUGAGAACCUAGCACAGUGUAUUCUUGACCUCUUCAUAGCAGGCACUGAGACAACUGCCACUGCUUUGCAAUGGGCUCUGCUCCUCAUGGUGGUUUAUCCAGACAUUCAAGAAAAGGUAUACAAGGAGAUGGUCAGUGUUUUUGGUUCUUCCCACUCAAUCUGCUAUCAAGAUCGGCACAAACUGCCCUUUACCAACGCUGUGAUUCAUGAGGUGCUGCGUGCCAAAUUUAUGCUACCGGUUGGGAUCCCCAGACGAAGUGCGUCAGAUGUGACCAUGCAAGGUUUCACUAUUCCCAAGAAAACUAUGGUCAUUACAGAUUUGCGCUCAGUUCUCCUGGAUCCCAAGCACUGGGAAGCCCCUGAAGAGUUCAACCCAAGCAAUUUUUUGGACAAGGAUGGGAAUUUUGUAGCCAGAGAAGAAUUUUUGCCAUUUGGCGCAGGGGCUCGGGCUUGUUUGGGGGAGCAGAUGGCGAAGAUGGAGCUUUUCCUUUUCUUCACCAACCUGAUCAAGGUCUUCAGGCUCCAGCUGCCAGAGGGAGUAAAAGAACUGAGUAAAGAGCCACUCAUGGGCUUGACAUUUCAUCCUCAUCCCUAUAAACUCUGUGCUAUUCCUCGCUCCAGUCUAUCAUAGAAGCUAUGAAUAUUUAUAUUUUCAACAUGACCUGCUGUGGUUUUUUUGCUACUACAAAUCUGUCAUAUCUUUUCUGUUUAACUGAAGGAAGUCUCCAGGCUUCCAGAAAUUUAGAGAGUUCCGCCAUGAUGGUUAAGAGAGCCAAUGUGAUGUAGAGGUUGAAGCAUUGGAUGAUGACUCUGGAGG